UCGUGGCUUACGCUCUCUAGCUGAACGGUAGUACUUCUCCUGUGCAGUAGGUGGCAGUCAGAUGUUACCAGCUGCUUUCCAAAUUUGGAGGAGAAAGGCAAACUGUUCAUGCAACGGGGAUAGCUAGCUCUUUCAGAGGUUUGUCUUUGCUGCUGAAUUGCAGAGACAAAAAACAUACAAAAUGACCAAACUGCAGCUGCUGCAUCGCGCGCUGAACGAGCGUCUGAUGGCGGCGGUGGAGCAGAUAAUGGAGAUGGUCGGCGAUACGGUGCUGGAGUAUGAAGAAGAGACGAUCCGGGCACGGAAAGAAAACGAGGUUCUGAGACGGAGGCUACGGUGGAUAGAGGGGGCAAAUCGAGCGGACUGGCCAGGCCCAUCAGAACCUGUUACGCUUUCCACAAUGGACGAGGCCAAUCCAUCCCGGCAAGAUGAGUGUGCUGUCAACUUUGGAUUUGGACAGGAAUUAGAAGCUCUUGAAAUCAAACCAGAGACGACUGAUCUCCCACUGUGCAUUAGACCUGAAAGCAGCGUCACCACAUUACCUCAAAGCAUUGAUCAGGGAUCUGACAAUGCCGGGACAGGUGCUGGUAUUGCCUAUGGCCUGACAGACAGUAUGACCUGGGACUCUGCCCAAAGUUACAUGGCCCCUCUGGACUUUGAUCUAACUUCAGGUCCCACCAGGGUCCGGCGCUGGAGAGGACGGAACAGAAGGCAGAGGAUGUCCUUUGCCUGUCCAGACUGUGGUAAAGUCUUUGGAAGGGAACAGAGGCUGAUCAUUCAUAUGCGGAUUCAUUCCACCGAGAGGCCUUAUGCAUACCGCCGGCGCAAGGCGUGCUUCUAUGGUGAUAAUAAGAAAAAGAGGAAACUGCACAGGCUCUCUCAGCUAUCAAGAGAAAUUGUGGAUGAUCUGUCAGAUGGCUCUGAGCAGACGAACAGGAGUAGUGCAUCAUCUGAACAACUAGAAACUACUGCACCAGGCCAAGAAGAAGAGCCUGAGAGUGACCACACCAGCAGUGAUAAAGAACCAGAAAAGAGAAUUACCACCCCUGUGCGGAAUCAGCGCAACAAAAAAAGAGUUGUAAACCAGAUUGUGACAGAACCAACACCGUGUCAGUGCCCUCAUUGCCCUCAUCGGAUGUUCGCUCGGCCCUGUCAGUUAGCCAUGCACAUGAAGACCCACACGGUCACAGCUCUUACCAACCUACCCACCCAAGCACAGUCAGGAACUCGGGAGAUAGUGGAUGUGAAGAGGAAGUUACCCAAGAGGCAAAGAAAAAAUGAUGUGGAGAAGGAGGCCAAAGUUGCUGACAAACGUGAGCUCCAUUGUCCAGACUGUGACAAAGUCUUCUUUUAUGCAAGUCGGUUGCGUGUCCACACAAAGUCCCAUAAGUCCAAAAGGGCUUUAUUACGCAAAACUCGGCCAAUCAAGACUGAGCUGACUAAAGAAGAAACAAUGGUGGCAGUGCCUAAAACUACAGAAGUACAGAAUUUGAAGGAGCUAAAGAAAACAUAUGCCUGCCCGCAUUGUGAUAAAGUGUUUACUCGUGAAGGAUGGCUGGGGCCGCACAUUCGCACUCAACACCAGGAAGUAAAGAACAUGAGUGAUUACUUUAACGUGUUUGGCAGUGGCCGUACAAGAUCACAACAGCCUUUCACCAAGCGAUUUCGUAAGUGCACAACUAAGACGCGGGAAGUCUCUAAGAAGCCAAGACUGAAGAACCGGGAAACUGAAGAAUCAAGAAGUGUCAAGGCUAAACCUCGUCAAACAAGUGAUGAGUUCAUCCUGGUUGUUGAUGUGCCCACAAUCACAAAUAAUGAGGCUGAACAAAGUGCAGAUCUUCCUAUAAUGAGCACAGAUGAGGCUGAACAAAGUGAAGAUCUUUUGAAAACGGGCACAGAUGAGGCUGAACAAAGUGCAGAUCUUCUUAAAAUGGGCACAGACGAGGGACAACAAAGUGCAGAUCUUCUUAAAACAGGCACAGAUGAGGGACAAAGUGCAGAUCUUCCUAAAACGAGCAUAGAUGAGGCACAACAAAGUGCAGAUCUUCUUAAAAUGGGCACAGAUGAGGGACAAAGUGCAGAUCUUCCUAAAACGGGCAUAGAUGAGGCACAACAAAGUGCAGAUCUUCUUAAAAUGGGCACAGAUGAGGGACAAAGUGCAGAUCUUCCUAAAACGGGCAUAGAUGAGGCACAACAAAGUGCAGAUCUUCUUAAAAUGGGCACCGAUGUGGGACAACAAAGUGCAGAUCUUCCUAAAACGAGCACGGACGAGUCAGAGAGCACUUCUGAGCAAUCAAAGGACACCUCAGGCUCUGACCGUGGAACAUUAAGCACUAAAAAUCUGAAGAGGAUGUUUCCAUGCAAAACAUGUGGCAAAGAGUUUGUUCUGGAGAAGAGGCUAAAGAAGCACUCAAGGAAACAUGUAGGACGUAGGUUGCAGGAUGAAAAGAAAAUGAGAAGAGAGCAAGCUCUAAUGGAAACGAAGCUUGAGGAACAAGAAAAAAGGAGAUCGGAGGAAAAAGAGAGGCUUGAUGAUAAGAUGUCAACAAGUAAUCACAACCCAAAUAAACAGACGCCUCAAGCAUCCCCAAAAAAAGAGUCAUUACAAAAAAGCAGAAACCGAGGUCAAGGGCCACUACCCUGCCCAUUUUGUGGCAAAGUUUUUGCUUGGGAAAUGCGGCUAUUGAUGCAUAUGCAGAUUCAUUGUGGUGAGAAACCUUACGCCUAUCGGCAGCGCAAGCGGCAUUUUUAUGGUGACCUGAAAAGGGGCCAGCUCCCGAAAAUCCAUAAUCAGGAGCCUUCGGGGGACAAAAGUGAGUCUGAAGAGUCUGAGUAUGAAGAGACGGUGAAUAAGGACAGAUCUGCACAUCUGAGCAGCAGUGCAACCCAUGCAGUGUCUGGAGCUCUCGCAAGCAGUAUUGAGACCACUGUACCAGAGUACUAUACUGGCAGCCCCGGCCUUUUACCUCAGAGAGCUAUUGAGCAGCCUACCACCUCUUACAAGAGUAAUCAAAGAACCAAACCCGAACUGGUCAGUGACAUCAUGAGCCACUUCAAUUUGCAGCCCAGGAUUGUUCUACAACCAAUUAUGACUGAAUACAAGUAUUGGAGCUCAGUGCCUCGGGUAGCUGACUUGAAAUCAGGUUGCUCUGAAAAAAGUAGUGGCUUUGAUCACAAACAAACCUCAUACUCAAUAUUGGUUGAUGAUGAAAUGGUGGAUGCUGUGGAAGAUAAAAUUGUGGAUUCCAAUCUUUGCACAUUGCCAUUGGAAUUCUCUAGUCAUGGCAUCCAGAACAAUCCUGAAAUAUGCCUCACUGGUAAUCCUGAGACAGAAGUAGUCUUUGUGGAGGCUGGAUCUCCACAGCGUGAUUCGGAAGUAGAGCUUGACAACAUUGGGGGGCCACUGGCCUUUGAAUCCUCUGAGGGAAAAAACGCGGAGAGUCAACAAAAAGAUGACCGCAACUCAAAUUUUCCUGGUGUUUCAGAAAAAACAGCCAGAAACCAGGUAUCACUUAUAGUAAUAGAUGACGAAGUAGAGCAGUCAAAUGCAAGAACUGCUGCUGAAAAUGCUCUGUCUGAAUGUGGAAGAACGAAGUGUGAUUGGAAGUGUGAUUGGAAGAACAUUUCUGCUAUGAAAUUAACAGUCAUGCCACAGAGUAGCGUUUUAGAAUCUUUGUUCAAGGAAACUAGUUCUGGCACCAUUCAGAAGAACAUUGACUCAAAAUUAGUUUGUGUUGUCCUCUCAGAUGUUGAAGACAAUGUUGAUGAAGAUGUGUUGAGUCCCUCCAAAGGUUUAGAUAAAAAGAAAACAGCCUCUGUUCCUAGCAUUCAAAAUGAACAAUUAGAUGUGGGGAGCAAACCUGGCAAAAGUCCCUCCAGCAACUCCAACUUUCCAGCUCCAGAUGCAACUGAACCCACCAAAUCUAUUGAUGGUGCCUCACAACUUACUGAUGAUCAGAGUAUCUCAAACGACCCACUCAGAGACCAGAUGGCCUUUACUGCCAUCAGACAAACAGAGGACAGGCCCAUGAGUUCAAAGGAGAGAAUAUCAUGUCAAACAUCUGAUAUGGUAUUUGCUGGUCAAGAAUCUCUGUCGGAAGUUCAUGCUGACAAGAAACUGCUAGACAUGGAGAUUGUCAAUGGCGGUGAGAGAAAAAAUAAGAAACUGGGUCCGAACAACCAGAUGUCAGAAUCUGUUCUGGAUUAUUCAACUGACAACUUUGAAAUCUCAGGGACAAUUGAACCACCUGUACAAAAUGUGAAAACUUGUGAGUUACUUGUGAAAAGUUCUGAAGGAUUCGAAAUGCCUUUAUUCACAUCCCAUCAAACCUCUGAUGGUAGAUGCAAGACUGCAGUGAGCAGUGGAGAACAAAAAAAAGUAAAGCAAGCACUAUAUUGUCAGUUUUGUGAGAAGGCAUGUAGAAAGAUAGAACUGCACCUAAAGUGUGAUCACGCAAAAGAACCUGAAGUGGUAAAAGCUUUAAAUCUUGACACAGACUGUAAAGAAAGGAAACAGUUAUUGAGCAGUUUUGCUAUUAAAAAGAACUUCAACCAACCUAGAGAUUCUCGAAUCGAUUGUGAUGAAGAUAUUGUUCACUGCAUUUUUUGCCAUGAGUCUUUUGGAUGGAACAAAUUUCGGGAGCAUGCUCUUAUAUGUAAGCAUAACAUGAAUCCAGCUGCAUCCAGCAAAACUCAGGAAAUGUUUGAUGCAGAAUUGGGAAAUCUUGCUCCAGACACUAUCAGCAUCUCCAGACCUUUAGAGCCAGCUAAUGCUCCUGUGUCAAAUCUCUCAGAUUUACGUGAUCGCCCUAUACCAGAAACUAGGAUAUGUGAGGAGAAGGAGAACCAUACUUUAGUGUCAGAUCAUUCCCAAAUUCUAUGCACUAGUGACAGCCCAGCACAGAAGGUUUGUGAUCCAAAAUCCUCAAGCCCUCCUAAUCUUGACUCUUGCCAGAGUGCUGCUCCAAAAACCUAUUAUCCAGAAGUGAAGGGGCCAACUGUUUCUAACAUUGACGGCAGCAUAGCUCAAAUUGAUCUUGAUGCACAAUUAUUAAAGCCAUCUGGUCUAGAUUCUUGCCAAUGUUCUGCAAUAAAUCCUCCUUAUUUGGAAUCUUCAUUUAGUACAUCACGGAACCCUGAUGCGGAGAUACUUGAACCUCCCAUACUAGAUUCCUGUCAAACAAUACGAGUCGUAGAAUCUACAGUUCCAACCCUUCCUUUUUCAAACACUGGUUGCAAUGUUCUUCAGCAGUCCCUUAUAAAACAAUCAGAUCAUCUCCGACUUGUGAACCAACCAUUUUCUUCAGAUCCAGAGGUGUCUUGUGAUUUAGAACCUGAUGGUUAUUCUUCUUGUGAUACUGGGUGUUGUGACAGCCUUCAGCUCUCUUCAAAACCAAAGGUUCCUUCAAGUCCUGCCCCCUUAAACUCUUCUUCAGAAUGCAAUGCAGAUUCAAAGUGUACUCUUAAGCUAGCUGUGUUUGAUGAUACGUAUUUGGGCACUAAUGAGACAGAGCAAACCCAAGAUUCAGAUGUAGAAAGGAACAUCUUCAUGGUCUCAGGCAGCUCUGAUGUGCAUCUAGAACCUGAAAGUCACCAUACUCCAGAUCCUAAUAGCUAUAAUGUUGAACAAACCCAGUGUCAGCAGCCUGAAAGUAUUGAAAAUCCAGAUGCUGGCAGGAGUGGGAAUCAGCCAACAGCUGAUCUAGAAUUAAAGUCAGUUCCUUCUAUUCAAGAAAUCAAAUCCAGAGCCGUAGGACACAUGUCUUACCUUAAAUUCCAAGAGUGUGAUCUUCAAGAAGACCCUGAGAAGAUCACUGAUGAGAAUGGCAUUGAUUGUGCUGUUGAAGUUCAACAUGACUCAAGCAUAUCAGUGACAAGCAAGCAAAAGAGAAAAAGAGUCUACCAGAUUAGCCGUCUGAAAGAGGAGUCAAAGAAAAGUUGUCCAAGUUCUCAUUCUCAGGGUCCUGGAUGCCAAACCAAUUCCACUGAUGACAACUCCAGCAUAUUCAAGAUACAUCACUGCUUUUACUGCAAGCAGCCACAUUAUAGAAUGAUGGAUCAUCUUCAGUCAGUUCAUCCUAAUGAACCAGAGGUGGCAAAAGCUCUUACCUUUGACAAUAGCUCACAAGAAAGGAAACAACUUUUGAACCAUCUACAAACUAGGGGAAAUGUUCUACACAACACAAAUGUGGUUCAAAGUAGUAAACAAGAUUUAAACCCAUUUGGGAAGUUUGCAUCGCAGUGCUCAUUUGAUGAUAGUGUUUAUUGCAUCUACUGUUUAGGGUUAUUUAACAAGAAGUCUUUUGCUUCACAUUUAGAGCAGUGCAAGGGCAAAUCAACUCAAAGUGCUGAGGCUAGCUGUGGUGAAAUGCUUCCUGAUGCUGGGCCCAUUCCUCCAGGUCCUACACUUAUUUCCCCCUCUAGUCCAGAAGAGAUUGAUGCCAAUAUAGAACCAUCAGGUUUUCAUUGCCUAAAUACCGUCUAUGAAACAGAUUUUGAAAAUGAACAAGGAAGUUCUUCCCUUCCAGACCUCAGCUGCAUUGUAGAGCAACCAGACAUCUCAAGUCCAAAUGAGAAGGUUAGAAACAAUAGACAGGCAGAGGGUGCCUUUUUACAAUUCAGACGUUCUCCUGAAAAUGAAGUAGGUUACGAAUUGAAGUCGGGUAAUUCUCCCAAUCCAAGCACUGGUCAAGAAUCAACAGACUGUAAGAAUGAAGGAGUAAGUCUCCCAAAGUGCGAUGUUGAUCAAGAAAGGGCAAUGACACCAACAUCAGAUACCAGCUCCAUCAGUCCUCCUCACCCAGAAUAUGAUGUUCUCAGAAAUCCAUGUGAUGAUUUCAGUCCACCUCAAAAUGCCCAAACUGUGUCUAAUGACACACACAAGAGUAGCGUGAAAGCCCAAACUUAUGGAACAGGGAUGAAGAGGAGGAAGUGGUGCUCACGUGUCCAUAAUCAGCCAUCAACAAAGAGUCCUGAGGAUUUACCAAAUGCUGUUACAGAUGACACAGGGGGAAAAGUUUCAGCCACAAAGCAAGACACAUAGGUGAGAGAGUUCCACUUUGAAGAAGCAGGACAGCAAAGUCAAAGACUAUGACACGGAUUGCGAGAAGUUAUUGUUUACAUCUUAGUGUUAUGUUUUUUCAAAACAUAUUUAUUUGUUUUUUUAAAUAUGUUUUACAAUGUUGUCUCAAUCUAAUGGUUUCAAUACUUUUACGGAAUGAUUAAUUUCAGCCUGCUGUAUUGUACAGAUCAUAGCAUAUGUUUAAUAAAUAACUCCAGAUUGAGAAUAAAAAAGU